AUGUGGUCGACACCUUCGCGCACAGCAGCGACGCUCUCACUGCAAUGGGGCAACUCGACCCUGCUGCGCGUACGACUUCCCGCGCUCCUUUCGCCCUCUACGGCCUCUACCUCCUCGCACUCGUCUUGGUCACAUUUCACACCAGCGCUCGCAACCGCGUCACCACAAUCCGCCACAUCAACAUCAGCAGCAGCAGCAUCAGAACCGUCCGGGUGGGGUCUGGGCUCGCUGUGGGACGGGAUCCUGCUCGCAGUGCCCAAGAAGAAGGUCUCGCAUUCGCGCAAGUCGAUGCGUGCGGCGAAUAAGGGCUUGAAGGACCGUGUGGACAUGGUGCAUUGCAGCGGCUGCGGAAAGCCCAAGCUGCACCACCACAUCUGCGCAUACUGCUACUUCGAGCUCAACCGGGCCCGCAAGGUUGCCCUUAGGCAAAGCGAGGCAGGGGGGCAGCAUCAGCAGCAAUGA